GCCCUGCUCGAAGACCAGGUGGUCUCGACAUAAACCUUGCGUGCCGCAGCGCGAAGGACGCGCGCCGACGAGCACCGCAGCGGCCUCUUGCAGUCAUGAAGUACGUCAUCGUCACGGGCGGCGUCGUCUCCGGCCUCGGCAAAGGCAUCACGAUCUCGAGCAUCGGGCGCCUGCUCAAGUCCGCGGGCCUGCGCGUGACGUCCAUCAAGAUCGACCCCUACCUGAACACGGACGCGGGGACGAUGUCGCCGUUCGAGCACGGCGAGACGUUCGUGCUCGACGACGGCGGCGAGACGGACCUGGACCUGGGCAACUACGAGCGGUUCCUCGACCUGAGCCUCACGCGGGACCACAACAUCACGACGGGCAAGGUCUACGCCAAGGUGCUCGCGAAGGAGCGCAAGGGCGACUACCUGGGCAAGACCGUGCAGGUCGUGCCGCACGUCACCCAGGAGAUCCAGGACUGGAUCGAGCGCGUCGCCCAGAUCCCGACGGACGGCCUCGAGGGCCCGCCCGACGUCUGCCUCGUCGAGGUCGGCGGCACCGUCGGCGACAUCGAGUCGUCCGUCUUCCUCGAGGCGCUCCGCCAGUUCCAGUUCCAGGUGCCCAAGGGCGACUUCUGCCUCGUCCACGUGUCCCUCGUGCCCUGCCUCGGCUCCGUCGGCGAGCAGAAGACGAAGCCGACGCAGCACGGCGUCAAGGAGCUCCGCGGGUUGGGCCUGUCGCCCGACGUCAUCGUCUGCCGCGCCGCCGACGAAUUGGAAGAUUCCACGCGGUCCAAGCUCGGCAUCUUCUGCCACGUGCCCGCGUCCCACGUGCUGAGCGUCCACGACGUCGCGAACAUCUACCACGUGCCCCUGCUCCUCCUCGAGCAGGGCAUGGACGAGAUCCUCCGCGUGUCGCUCGAGCUCACGCGCGACUGCGGCAUGCCCGAGCAGCGCGAGGGCCGCUGCGACCUCGCCGCCUGGCGCAAGAUGGCGCUGGACGUCGACACCUUCGAGGACAGCGUGUCCAUCGCCAUCGUCGGCAAGUACACGGGCCUCUCGGACUCGUACCUCAGCGUCUUCAAGUCGCUCAAGCACUCGUCGAUCGAGGCCCGGCGCAAGCUCGAGGUCGUCUGGAUCGAGUCGACGGAUUUGGAGGACGGCACGAAGAAGGCCGACGCGGCGGCCUACGACGGGGCCUGGGCCAAGCUCAGGGGCGCGGACGGCGUCGUCGUGCCCGGCGGCUUCGGCGACCGCGGCACCGAGGGCAUGAUCGCGUGCGCCAAGUUCUGCCGCGAAUCCGGCAAGCCCUACCUGGGCGUCUGCCUCGGCAUGCAGCUCGCCGUCGUCGAGUACUGCCGCUCCGUGCUCGGCUGGGCCGACGCGAAGAGCGCGGAGUUCGACAAGGCGACGCCGCGGCCCGCCGUCGUCUUCAUGCCCGAGAUCGACGAGGACGGCGACAUGGGCGGCACCAUGCGCCUCGGCGCCCGCGACACGCUCAUCGAGGGCGCCGACGCGUCCGAGUCCAUCGCGCACCUCAUCUACCGCGGCAAGAAGGCCGUCUCCGAGCGGCACCGGCACCGCUACGAGGUCAACCCGGACUACGUCGGCGACCUCGAGGCCGCGGGCCUCAAGUUCGUCGGCAAGGACGAGACGGGCCGGCGCAUGGAGAUCAUCGAGCUCCCCCGGUCCGCCCACCCCUACUACAUCGGCUGCCAGUUCCACCCGGAGUUCAAGAGCCGGCCGCAGAACCCGUCGCCGCCCUUCUACGGCCUCGUCCUCGCCGCCGCGGGCGCCUUCCCGGGGCCCCUCGCCGACGGCGCCGUCGCGCCCGAGCCCGCCAAGAAGAAGGCCAAGCGCUGAGGGCGCACCCAAGAAACCAAGCAGCGCCGGGGCGGUAACGCCGCGCGCGCCCCGGCCGAGCAUAAGCAAGCGGUCUUU